UCUUUUGAGGGUAAAGUUGAGCUAUAUUUCAAACCCCUACAGGCGCAACGGAAGGGAGAGACAAAAAACAGGAGAAGAGAAAAAGGCGGCCUUUCUAUCUUUGGUCUUCCAAAACCCUGAAAACCCCGCUUCGAUCCUUCCUAGAUCCCCAAUCGGAGGCGUUUUCUGGAAAUUUUCAAAUGGAGUUCUUCUUCCUUUCCUCGUUCGCGGUCUCAAAAUUUGAUUUUUUUCGCCUCAUUGCUCCGAUGAAGCUUUAGCGCGCCGUAGAUCGGAAGCAGAUGUUGCUUCUGAGCCGCCGAAAGUUUCCGUCUUUUCUGUUCCUAGUGGCCCAAAAUCGCGUUUUGGAUCCGAGAUCAAGGUGCCAUUCCGAGUUAUCCCCUUCUCCAGUUGGAAUUAUAAAAUGGAGCUCUGAUUUGCCCUAGAUCUGCGACCAGUUUGAGGGGUAGAAGAAACACUGGCAUGUGAAGAUGGUUUUCUGGGAAGGUUAUAUCAGUGAUGAGUUGAUGGGCACGUUUGCGCCGAUUAUAGUUUAUUGGAUCUACGCUGGAAUGUAUCUGCUUUUGCCGCCUUUGGACCAGUAUCGGCUUCACACGAGGAAAGAAGAGGAGCAGAAGAAUUUGGUGCCAAUGUCGUCGGUGGUCAAGGGUGUUCUGCUUCAACAGCUGGUUCAGGCCACCGUUGCGCGAGUGCUGUUCUUGGUUACUGCUAAACCAGUAUCAACAGGUGCUGCAGUUCAACCAUCCAUGCCAGUCCAACUUGUCCAGAUCUUCGUGGCAAUGUUUGUAAUGGACACGUGGCAGUAUUUCGUGCACCGCUACAUGCACCAGAACAAGUUCUUGUACCGCCACAUCCAUUCCCAGCAUCACAAGUUGGUUGUUCCUUCUGCAAUCGGAGCCCUUUACAACCACCCAUUGGAGGGCCUUCUUCUGGACACCUUUGGUGGUGCAAUUUCAUUCUUGGUAUCAGGAAUGACUGCAAGAACAGCUGUGAUCUUCUUCUGCUUUGCGGUGAUCAAGACUGUCGAUGAUCACUGCGGGCUUUGGCUGCCCGGCAACAUCUUUCAUAUCUUCUUCCAGAACAACACUGCCUACCAUGAUAUCCAUCAUCAACUCCAAGGCCUCAAGUACAACUAUUCGCAGCCUUUCUUUUCAAUAUGGGACAGAAUAUUGGGCACCCACAUGCCUUACAACUUAGUUAUGCGCCGAGAUGGGGGAUUUGAGGCCAGACCGCUGAAAGGCUAGGAUUUUUUUGAUAUCUCAUCAGAAAAUAGACCUCAAUAUAUUUGACUUGAUUGCUACCACCUCCAGGUUGAAGAAAGGAAUUGCUGGAAAUAUAUGGCCUGUUGCUAAUUUAAGGAUUGCUUGUUCCUUUCUCGUAACCUGUUUUUUAUUUCUCAGCAGUGGUUCUUUACUACUGCGGUGGAUAAGUGUAUCUUCCAUCAGAAUUUUUUGCUCUCUUUAUAUAGAGAAGGAUGCUGCAAGUUUCCUUUAGGUGUGAUACUGAAGCUUGAUCCAUUGCUGGUGUAUGUGUCUCGGUUACUGUGGCAUAUGAUGAAAGCAUGAUUUCUAAUGUUACCAGAUUUCUCA